CUCUACGCCGCCAUCGUCCUUUUCUCCGAUCUCUUCUCGAUGAAGCCUGAGAUUUGAGCUCCUUCGCCAUUUUCGAUCAAACCCAUAGAGCCCGGGUAGGAAAAUGGCCUGCAUCUAUGCAUCGAAAUCGUCCCGUUUGAACCCUAAGCUCGUCAGCGUUUGGAAUCCGUUUUACCUGAGGUCCACUUCCUACUUCUGCUCAUCUCCGUCUGCGGACUCCGAUGUCCCCGUCAAUUCCGCCGCCGGAGCUCAGGAUGCCGGAACCCCAGGAAGAUCCCCGAGGCCGAUGAGAGGUAACUACAAACCCCCCGAAAAAACUGAGGAUAUUAUCUGUAGAAUGAUGGCUAAUCGGGCCUGGACGACCCGUUUACAGAACUCGAUCCGGAACCUCGUUCCCGUAUUCGAUCACGAUCUCGUGUAUAAUGUCUUGCACGCUGCGAAGAACUCGGAGCACGCUCUUCAGUUCUUUAGGUGGGUGCACAGGUCUGGGCUUUUCCGGCACAACAGAGAAACCCAUUUUAAGAUCAUUCAAAUUCUUGGCCGAGCUUCGAAGCUUAACCAUGCUAGAUGUAUACUUCUUGAUAUGCCCAAGAACGGCUUGUCAUGGGAUGAAGAUUUGUGGGUUGUGAUGAUUGAGAGCUAUGGCCAGGCUGGGAUUGUGCAGGAGAGUGUGAAAAUGUUCCAUAAAAUGGAGGAGCUUGGGGUUAAGAGAACUUUGAAAUCUUACAAUGCUUUGUUUAAGGUGAUAACACGCAGAGGCCGGUAUAUGAUGGCGAAAAGGUACUUCAACAAGAUGGUGAAGGAUGGGAUUGAGCCAACAACCCACACCUACAACCUUUUGCUUUGGGGAUUUUUCCUUUCGUCAAGAAUCGAGACUGCAAAGAGGUUCUUUGAGGAAAUGAAAAGCCGGAAGAUUAACCCGGAUGCGGUUACUUAUAAUACGAUAAUUAAUGGAUACAUUCGUUGGAAGAAAAUGGAGGAGGCAGAGAAGUACUUUGUGGAGAUGAAGGCCAAGAAUUUCGAGCCAUCUGUGAUUACAUACACAACUUUGAUAAAAGGGUAUAAUUCUGUUGGACGAGUUGAUGAGGCUUUAAAAUUGUUUCAAGAGAUGAAAAGUUUUGGGAUCAAGCCAAACGAAGCUACCUACUCAACCUUGCUGCCUGGUUUAUGUGACGCGGAGAAGAUGUCCGAAGCCAAGACUGUCUUGAAGGAGAUGGAGGGUAAGUAUAUUGCACCGAAGGACCAUUCUGUCUUUGUAAGAUUAUUAACCGGGCAAUGCAAAGUUGGUGAUUUGGAUGCUGCAAUGGAUGUGCUCCAUGCCAUGGUUCGGUUGAGCAUUCCAACCGAGUCUGGGCAUUAUGGGGUAUUGAUUGAGAGCUUAUGCAAAUCUGGCAGUCAUGACAAAGCUAUCAAACUAUUGGAUAAGCUCAUUGAGAAGAACAUUGUUUUGAGACAAGAAAACACUUUUCAUAUGGAUCCGAGUGCGUAUAACCUGAUCAUCGAAUAUCUCUGCAACAAUGGCCAGACUUCAAAAGCUGAAGUCUUUAUGAGGCAGCUAAUGAAGAUAGGCGUUCAGGAUCCUAUCGCAUUGAAUAACUUGAUUCGUGGGCAUUCAAGAGAAGGAAAUCUUGAUUCAGCAUCUGAGCUUUUGAAGAUCAUGGAAAGGAGGAAAGUCAUCACAGAAGAGAGUGCUUUCAACUCGCUUGUCAAUUCGUAUUUAAAGAAAGGAGAACCUGCGGAUGCCAAAACGGUUUUGGACAGCAUGAUUGAGAACGGGCAUUGCCCAGAUUCGUCCAUGUACAGGUCUGUCAUGGAGAGCUUGUACGAAGAUGGGAGAAUCCAAACCGCGAGCCGUGUGAUGAAGACCAUGUUGGAUAAGGGAGUGAAGGAGGAACAACACAUGGACUUGUUUGGGAAAAUAUUGGAAGCUCUGCUAAUGAGAGGUCAUGUUGAGGAAGCCCUUGGCAGAAUUGAACUGAUGAUGCAGAGUGGGCUCUCACCCGAAUUCGAUAAUCUCAUAACCAUUCUGUGUGAAAAGGAAAAAACCAUUGCCGCUUUGAAGCUCUUAGAUUUUUGCCUGGAAAGGGACCUUAGCAUUGAGUUCUCAAGCUAUGAUAAGGUUUUGGAUGCUCUUCUAGCAGCCGGAAAGACACUGAAUGCGUAUUCAAUUAUGUGUAAGAUUACAGAAAGAGGUGGGGCCGGAGUUGCAGGCCGCCACAACAGCUGCGAAGAACUGAUCAAGAGCCUCAACAAGGAGGGGAACACAAAACAAGCAGAUAUUCUUUCAAGGAUGAUCUUAGGGAAGGACAAGGAUUACAAGAAAGGAAAAAAGAACUUGAUGAAUGCCUCAUGAAUUCUUUUCUUGAGUAUGUGCUCUGAGGAACAUAAUGUGAAGUCUCUGGUUCCAUGCAAUGACACCUUGAAGUAUGAUUUCUGGUGAAUAUGUUUGUUGUGUGCUCCAUGCCCUUCAUACAAAAAUUCCAGAUUUGAAGGAUGUGUGAGGUUGGAGGAUGAAUUUAUGUUUUGUCACAGAAUAAGUUGUUUAGAACUAGUCAUAAGUGGAAACAUUAUCCUGUUUAGCACUAUUGGA